AGGAAAAAUGUCCUUCUUCAAUUUCCGUAAGAUCUUCAAGUUGGGGAGCGAGAAGAAGAAGAAGCAGUACGAACAUGUGAAGAGGGACCUGAACCCCGAGGAGUUUUGGGAAAUUAUAGGAGAACUGGGCGACGGAGCCUUUGGGAAAGUGUACAAGGCUCAGAAUAAAGAGACCAAUGUUUUAGCUGCUGCAAAGGUGAUUGACACGAAAUCUGAAGAAGAACUUGAAGAUUACAUGGUUGAGAUUGAUAUAUUAGCAUCUUGUGAUCAUCCAAAUAUAGUCAAACUUCUAGAUGCCUUCUAUUAUGAGAACAAUCUUUGGAUCCUCAUUGAAUUUUGUGCAGGUGGAGCAGUGGACGCUGUGAUGCUUGAACUUGAGAGACCAUUAACUGAGUCCCAAAUACAAGUAGUUUGUAAACAGACUCUAGAGGCUUUGAACUAUUUACAUGAUAAUAAAAUCAUCCACAGAGAUCUGAAGGCUGGCAACAUUCUUUUUACCUUAGAUGGAGAUAUUAAGUUGGCGGAUUUUGGAGUAUCAGCUAAAAACACAAGGACAAUUCAAAGAAGAGAUUCCUUUAUUGGCACACCAUAUUGGAUGGCUCCUGAAGUAGUCAUGUGUGAAACAUCUAAAGACAGACCCUAUGACUACAAAGCUGAUGUUUGGUCCCUGGGUAUCACUCUAAUAGAAAUGGCUGAGAUAGAACCACCUCAUCAUGAAUUAAAUCCAAUGCGAGUGCUGCUAAAAAUAGCAAAAUCUGAGCCCCCUACAUUAGCACAGCCAUCAAAAUGGUCUUCAAAUUUUAAGGACUUUCUAAAGAAAUGCUUGGAAAAGAAUGUGGAUUCCAGGUGGAAUACAUCUCAGCUACUGCAGCAUCCUUUUGUUACGGUUGAUUCCAACAAACCAAUUCGAGAGCUGAUUGCAGAGGCAAAGGCUGAAGUAACAGAAGAAGUUGAAGAUGGCAAAGAGGAAGAUGAUGAUGAAGAAACAGAAAAUUCUUUGCCAAUACCUGCAAGUAAGCGUGCCUCUUCUGACCUUAGUAUUGCCAGCUCUGAAGAAGAUAAACUUUCACAAAACGCUUGUAUUUUGGAAUCUGUCUCUGAAAAAACAGAACGUAAUACUUCUGAAGAUAAAUUUAACAACAAAGUUCUUAAUGAAAAACUUACCACAGAUGAACCUGAAAAAGCUGCAGAGGAUAUUAAUGAACAUAUUAAUGAUGCUCACUUAGAAGCUAUGGCUGAACUUGAUAAUAGGACAAUAGUAAUCAAGGAAAAUGGCAGAGAGGAGAAGAGACCCAAGCUUGAAAGUCUCCCUGAUACAGAAGACCAAGAAACAAUGGACAUUAAUUCAGUCAAUGAAGGAAAAGAGAAUAAUAUAAUAACUUUAGAAACAGAUAUUGAACAGAGUCUGAAACCUGAGGAAGAAAGGGAUCAAGAAAAGCAACAGAUAUUUGAAAAUAAGAUUAUAAAAUCUGAAGAAAUUAAAGAUACUGCUAUUCAAACAAUGGACUUAGUUUCUCAAGAGACUGGAGAAAAAGAGGCAGACAUUCAGGCAGUUGAAAAUGAAGUUGCACUUACAAAGGAAGACACCCAAGAGAAAUUGGGAAAGAAUGACGAAACUCCAGAAGAAGUGAUCAGCCAUAUAAGCGAUGUCAUAGGAACAAAUGAGGCAGGAGACGUUGCCCAGAAGGCAGUUGAAAACAAUGCUGAGGAUGCUCAGAGUAAUGAUGGGAAUGAAGUGGUUGAAGUAGACCAGAAAUUAGUAAGUAAGCUCACAGAGGGUCCUGAGGCUGGUGGUUCUGAGGAAGUUCCUUUUAAAGACAUAGUGGAAACUAAGGAGAUAGAUCAGAAGUCUUUGGAAGAUAAAGAUGAAGAACAGUCACUCAGCAGUUUAGAGAACAUAGUGAAAACCAGUGAGGAAUCUGGCACAAAUGAAGGUGAGGAAAUUACUGAGUCCAGUAGCACUGAAGAAAUAGAGGUCAGACAUGCAGUAAUUUAUACUGACCAAGAAGCUUUAGGAAAUGAAACUCCAGAUGCUCAUGAAGCUACUGCUCAGAUAGAUACAGAGCAAAAAGCAAUUCCAUGUGAAGUGCCAAUUGAAAGCGAAACUCCCGUGACUUCCUCUUCACAGCCUAGUGAACCUCAGCCUGUUCCAAUACCCAGUAUAAAUAUCAACUCUGAAGAUGCAGAAAAUAAAGGGGAAAUAGGUGCUUUAUCAAAAACUGAAGCCAUGUUGCUUCCAGAAUCUGAGAAUCAAAAGGAAAAUGAUACUGAUUCAGGCACUGGUUCCACCGCUGAUAAUAGCAGCAUUGACUUAAAUUUAUCCAUCUCUAGCUUCCUAAGCAAAACUAAAGACAGCGGAUCAAUAUCUUUACAAGAAACAAGAAGACAAAAGAAAACAUUGAAGAAGACCCGCAAAUUUGUUGUUGAUGGCGUAGAAGUGAGUGUAACCACGUCAAAGAUAGUUACAGAUAGUGAUUCCAAAACUGAAGAGUUGAGGUUUCUUAGACGUCAGGAACUUCGGGAGUUAAGAUUCCUUCAAAAAGAAGAGCAAAGAGCCCAACAGCAGCUCAAUAGCAAACUGCAACAACAACGAGAACAAAUUUUCCGGCGCUUUGAGCAAGAAAUGAUGAGCAAAAAGCGUCAAUAUGAUCAAGAGAUUGAGAAUCUAGAAAAACAGCAGAAACAGACUAUUGAACGUCUAGAACAAGAACACACAAAUCGCUUGCGAGAUGAAGCCAAACGCAUUAAAGGAGAACAAGAGAAAGAGUUGUCCAAAUUUCAGAAUAUGUUAAAGAACCGAAAGAAGGAGGUUAUAAAUGAAGUGGAGAAAGCACCCAAAGAGCUGAGAAAAGAGCUCAUGAAACGCAGGAAAGAGGAGCUUGCACAAAGCCAGCAUGCUCAGGAACAGGAAUUUGUUCAGAAGCAACAACAAGAAUUAGAUGGCUCUCUGAAAAAGAUCAUCCAACAGCAGAAGGCAGAACUGGCCAAUAUUGAAAGAGAGUGCCUGAAUAACAAACAGCAGCUCAUGAGAGCUCGAGAAGCUGCAAUUUGGGAGCUUGAAGAACGACACUUACAAGAAAAACACCAGCUGCUCAAACAGCAACUUAAAGAUCAGUAUUUCAUGCAAAGACAUCAGCUACUUAAGCGCCAUGAGAAGGAAACAGAACAAAUGCAGCGUUAUAAUCAACGACUUAUUGAGGAAUUGAAAAACAGACAGACUCAAGAAAGAGCAAGACUGCCUAAGAUUCAGCGCAGUGAAGCCAAGACUCGAAUGGCCAUGUUUAAGAAAAGCUUGAGAAUUAACUCAACGGCCACACCAGAUCAGGACCGUGACAAAAUUAAGCAGUUUGCUGCUCAAGAAGAAAAGAGGCAGAAAAAUGAGAGAAUGGCUCAGCAUCAGAAACAUGAAAAUCAAAUGCGGGAUCUUCAGUUGCAGUGUGAAGCCAACGUCCGAGAGCUGCAUCAGCUGCAGAAUGAAAAAUGCCACCUAUUGGUAGAACAUGAAACUCAGAAACUCAAGGAAUUAGAUGAGGAACACAGCCAAGAAUUAAAGGAAUGGAGAGAGAAAUUGAGACCUAGGAAAAAGACCCUGGAAGAAGAGUUUGCCAGGAAACUGCAGGAACAGGAGGUGUUCUUUAAAAUGACUGGGGAGUCUGAAUGCCUUAACCCAUCAGCACAGAGCCGGAUUUCCAAGUUUUAUCCUAUCCCUAGCUUGCAUUCCACAGGGUCGUAACAGUAGGAAGCAGUCUGUGGUUCGGUUUGGCUUUUUAAAUAUGUCAUUCUGUUCUCUUCAUCUUCUGCCACAAUCUAUAUCAGAGAGCUUAUGAAGACAAUCACCUGCCUCACCUUCUAGGUGUUUUUUGUUUAUUUGUUUGUUUGUUUAGCAAAGAUGAAGGGAAAGGAACCGUGACAGAUGCUAGGCCAUGUUGGCGAAGUGGCAUCUUGCAGUAAUUCCCUAAGGUGAUUUUGUAUAUUAAUCUUAAAAAUUGUGUUCUUUAGACACUGUUAGGUGAAAUACUUUAGAAAUAAAAUGUUUGAGGUGUUUGGUUUUUUUUUUAAAGCUGUUAGGUCACUGAGUAUUAGUGAAUAUCUUUUUACCUGACCUAACUUCUCAGUGAUGCCUAAAUUCUGUAGUUGCAACUCUGCUGUAGAGAGUUGGAAUAAUUUUAUUUUGGUGAAUCUGCUCUCAUGAAAAAGCUAUGAGUUGCUCAAAAUACCAUAUUGGUUGAGUAAAUAAAUCUAUUUUAUCUUUAAAUAGCAACAAACUUUUUAAAAAGAAACAUUAUUUCAAUAGUUUGUCUAAAAUAAUUACUUUCAGUCAUGAGCUAAAAAUUAAGGGUGCUAGUUUUAUUAAAAUAGUGCCUAAAACACUAAAUUUCAUUGGAGUCUAAAGUAGGAUUUUCUCUUGAUUCAACAGGGACAAACAUCCUUAGCAUUAAACAUUAUUGUAUUUUAAGUCUUGCUCCUGUUACCUAAUUUGAUGAAAUUUCCAUCCUAAAAUCUAUGUUUUGCAAGGUUGGAAAGAUGUAAAAAAAGUAGCUUUUAGAUACUGAAAUUCGGCAUGUAACACUCACCAAAUUAAAAGUAUAGACUUAGCAUUCCAGCUCAUUUCCUAAAAUAGUCUGUGAGCUGGGCAAGGGACCUCUUCCAUCCUAGCACACUUCGUCCAUUGAAGGCUCUGCAGGCUCUGCGUUAAAUGAACUUUUUGAAAUUAAUCUUAAAAGAGGCAUUUGUUCAGAAUACUUUUUCAGAAAGCAUUUAAAUAAAAUACUUAGGCAACGUCAGAAAUGACUGUGUUGUUGAGAGAAAGUCAUUUGUAUUUUGGUUUUAUUUAGUUCCAUGUUUAAAUUAUUUGAUUUGAAUGGGAAAAGCCUGACACCUUUACCAUCUGGUUGCUGAUACGUGUAAUUAUUAAUGAAAUGUUCACUCUUGGUCCCUCUUGCGGCUUAGAAUUCCAAGCCCGCGUCAGGUCAAGCAAUAUUAUGAAAUGUACUUGGGUCGGUGAGACGGCACAUUUGUAAAUCAUGCUUGCUGCUUGCCACUUCCAGCCUGUUCUCUUCGAAGAGUACCAGGUACCAAGUUGUGGAAGUUUCAUUUUUUAGUUACGUUACGUUUGAGGCUGGUGAAAAAUUCAAGUGUAAUUUUGUGGGAACACUGAUUCAUAUUAAGAAAAUGUAAAUAUGUGUAGUAGCACUUUCUUGCAGUUAAUUUGAAAACUUUGAAUGCUGAACCUUAUUUUGUCAGUGGUUUAGAUGAUUUAAAAAUGCAUGUGUGAUUUUAAUUUUGUAAUUGUUUUGACAAGCGUAAUUUCUUGGACAACUUUGUAGGUAGCCUUAACUUCUGGCCAAGUUUGUUUUUUAUAGAAGUAUAUAUACAUAUAUAUAUAUAUAUAUACAUAUAUAUAUUAUGUAUGGUUGUAAAUUCAUACACUUAUCACAUUGAAUGUGUUGCUGUAUACAAAACUCUUUUAAUGCUUUAUUCUCAAAUGCUGGGUUGAAAAAUGUUUUGAAAGCCUUUUAAAGUAUAUAUCUUUAUAAAGUAAUAUUCAGGAUGAUGAUGGAAAUUGUUUAUAUUAUUAUGAUAAAAAUGACAUUAUAAUGUUACCCAAUGUAUUUAAUGAUUUAUUUGCAGAGGGAGAGAGGAGGACGGUUCUUACUACUCUCUCUUUUGAAAUUUUCAGUUUAUUGGCUUUAUAAAAAGAAUUCAGGUAGUGGACAUUUUUUCAGUAUCUUUUAAAGGAUAUCCUGUGUGCUAAAUAGCUUGUGGCACAUAAUCAAUUUAGUCUGAAUAUUUGAUUCUUUUUAUUCUUUUCAACUUGUCGUGAGAGUAUUGAAUAAAGAAAAGAGGCUCAGAGUAGAAUGGUUGACACUCUGGUAAAUUUAUUAGCAAAUCUUGUAAAACCCUUAAAACUGCCCUUUGGAUUCAGUGUCCUUGCUGGAGUUCUCUUUCAUAUAUAACCAUACUCAUGUGGGUGCAGGACUGCAAAAUGAUACAUACGUAGAGACGAACAAUUCAUUUUAACGCUUAAAUUACAUAAAUCUUUGCAAAAAGCAUUUUGUUACAGAAUAUGCUGUUUUUACCCGUCCCUGCUCACUUCUUGUUAAGCCCUAUAUUCAAAUAGAUAAUAGUGGUCAUUUGUUCUUGCAUGAAGUGUAGGUGGAGAACUGGGGACGGGCACAGACUUCUUUGAAGUCAAAGGGUACAGUCAGAUCCAUUCCGUUUUUGGUGGUGGUGUUGCUCUGGCAGGAUGUGCUAUGAAACACAUCAAAGAAAGUCUGUGUGUGCCCCGCCGCCAGCCUCCCUCUUCUCCCUGCGUGCUCUGAACACACCGCACGCCACACUUCUGCAGGCCUGGCUCCAGAGCCAGUUGCACCGGGUUGCCUUUCCUAGUCCUGUCCGUCUGUAGUUGAGUGUGAACUGCUGAGUUAGCUGCUAUUCUUUAUGGAGUCACAGUUAAGCUUUUCUUACCCUUUCCAGUGGGCAGUCUGUGGGGAGCGGGGGGUAAAGAGGAAAUUGAGAGUGCUUAUACUUUGUUGAAAAUAUUAGAACUUUCCUGUGACAGGACAUGGCAAAUUGUAAUUAAAUAUAAACUGAACCAGAGCUACCUCUAAGUAGUGUUUCCUCAAGCACAAAGCUCUCAGGCAUAUGAGACCCGCUGUAACGGAGGGUCUCUGAUUUCUUGAGCAUCAGCGAGUUCAGAAGUGACUGUCUUUUGUACUCUGUUAGUUCCCUGGUGACUACACACUUUCUCCCAUUCCACACUGUGCUUAAAUGACAAAGACUCUUCUGAGAAGCCAAAUUCUGUCCGAGAUUAGCUAUAGAUAUUGAUUACAGGAGAGCUUAGAACUGGCGUGGAAGAGGAGUUACUUUAGCUCCAGUUCUGAGAAUCUUCUGAUGAAAUACAUCACUUCUUUUCAAGGAGACGAUCUUUUAUAGGAAAUGGGAUAUUUUAAAUGCUUUUCUUGAAGGCUCAACAGUUAAUGUCUCUAUUGUUGCUAGUCUGUGGCUGACAUGGUUUUGACAUGGCUUUAAAAUUUCUGCUAAGCUUGAGUAGAAUGUUACACCAGUUUUAAAUGUUGGCUGCAGCUUUUGGUGAUCCUUUGCUGAUUUUUUACAGUGUAAUAACCUCAUAAGCUGUUUUCAAAAUGAAUUUUGUUUCUGAUUAUGCCUCUUGUCUAUUUGGGAGCAACAUGUCUUUUCAAUCAUGGGAUUGACAACUGAAAAAUAAAGUUAUUUCUUAAUCUA